AUGUUGAAACAAUUACAUAUUUUCAUAUUUAUAUGUAAUUUUCUGAGUAUUAAAGCGUUACGACGUAUAGUCGGUGGACGUGAUGUUGAACUUGGCGAUUUCCCUUACGUCGGCAGAUGGACUAGACUCGUUAUCUACAAUGAGAAAGAAUUCUGGCAGCAACAUUGCACGUGCAGUUUUCUCUCAUCAAGCUGGGCUAUAUCUGCGGGGCAUUGCCUAUUUGACGAAGCUCUGGAUACCAGCAUAAUUAUGUACGGAAAUGUUGUGCAUGAUCAAAGUCCAAAUCACACGAAAAUUAUUCAGACUUUUGGACACCCAGCUCAUGAAAUAUUCAACGAACUAUUGACCAGAUUCGACAUUGCCCUCAUAAAAACACAUCCCGUAGAUUUGACCGUGUAUGGAACUCUUAGCGCUGUGGAUUACACUUCGUUGGUGGGUAUAAGUUUCUAUGUACCACACUACAGUACGUACAUACCUAUUAAUGUAAAUAAAACCCUUCAAGUUUUCAAGGGAUGUAAGCCGGUGUGA